AUGAAGGUCACUGUUGAAUUGCUAGGCGGCUUGCACCAGAUCUUCACCUUUGGCGCCAAAAUCGUCGACGUCAACGUCCUGGAGGAGGCCGAGCUCGGGGCACUUGUCGAGACGUUGUGCCUCUCCCUCAGCUCCAGCUUCUCCAACUGCUCGCCCUCUCUCGCAGACCCUGUGUAUCGCACCAGCCUUGCUCGCUUUGUCGACUGCGAGCAUCUACAGCUCACCGGCGAGUACAAGAUCAUUCCAGGCAUCAUGGUCCUCAUCAACGACGUCGACUGGGAGUUGUUUGACGAGGAGGAGACUGUGCUCCAUCCCAACGACGUUAUCACCUUCACCUCCACUCUCCAUGGUGGCUAG